AUGGAAAAAGAAGGAGGGCUGCCUGAACCAGGGGGACCCAUCAGGGUCGCUUUGGAGGAAGCAGUGGCGGAGAAGCAGCCUGAAGUGGUUGAGGAGGAGGAGAAGAAGAAGAAGAAGAAGAAGAUCAAAGAGAAGAGGGUUAAAGAAGAUGAGGAAGUCCAUCCAAUCAAGAAGAAAGAAAGAAGGACAGGUGAGAAGAGAGAAUGCAGGCGGGAGGAAAAGCGCUUGAAGAAGGAAGAAGAGAGGAGAAAGAGGGUUGAGAGCACAGAAAUUGACGGAGAAUCCACCUCCGCAAAGGUGGAUAAGGUGGAGUCAGCGCAACUGAGAAAAUCAGCGCAACCUGAGGAGGAAAUAACGCAAGUAAAAAUAGUUGCGACUGAUGAUGGUGAAGAUUCAGAUUACCCCCCUAGGCGGCGUUGCAAGGAGAAUGCGCCGCAAGGGUCAACAAUCGACCCACCAAUUUUGCACAAUGCAGUAGAAGAAAAGGAGAGGAGAAGAAGAGAGAAGGAAGAAAAAUAA